UGAGAGGAGCAGGAGUAGUGAGAGGAGCAGGAGAAGUGAGAGGAGCAGGAGUAGUGAGAGGAGCAGGAGUAGUGAGAGGAGCAGGUCCAGGGAGAAGAGCAGGCCUAAGGAGAGGGCAAGGUAGAGGUAUAAGAAUGCGUGGUGGUGGCAUUCUAAGGGCUACAAGGGCAGUGGUGAGUGAUGGAAUUCGUGCCACUAUCAUUGACCAUGUGAUAAACCACGGUCUUUCACUAAGGGAGGCUGGUGAAAGAGUACAGCCCAAUUUGGGGCGGUCAACGGUUGCGUCAAUUAUACGCAUCUUUCAACAAACCAACAGAAUGCAACGUCUUCCUCCCUCUGGGGGAAGAGGUAAGCUCCUUAAUCAUCAACAAGAGCUUGCCAUAGUAGAUAUGGUUGUUGCAAAUAACGCAAUUAAACUGCAUGAGAUUCAAAGCAGAAUUUUGGAGGACCAAGAGAUAUUUCACAAUAUCAUUAGCAUCAGCCUCGCAACCAUUACGCGGACAUUGUCCAAACACAGAGUGCGGAUGAAACAGCUCUACACUGUUCCCUUUGAGAGGAACAGUGAGCGAGUCAAGGUGCUACGACAAAAAUAUGUCCAGAGAGUUAUGGAAUUGGAGGCCAACCAGGCCCCUCAUGAAUUCGUAUACGUGGAUGAGGCAGGAUUUAAUCUGGCCAACAGGCGUCGACGUGGAAGAAAUGUCAUUGGAAAAAGGGCCACAGUUGAUGUUCCUGGACAGAGAGGGGCAAAUAUCACUAUGUGUGCGGCAAUUUCAAAUGCAGGAUCACUCCUCCACAAAUGUCCGGUUGGACCUUACAACACCGAGCGCCUCCUUGCUUUUCUCGAUGAUCUCCACCAGCGCCUGGUUCCAGAGCAGGAUCAGGAGGGUGAAAACAGGAGGACCUUCGUUAUCACCUGGGACAACGUGGCCUUCCAUCACUCACAAGCAGUUACAGCAUGGUUUGAGGUCCACCCAAGACUGAUUCGUCUAUUUCUUCCACCCUAUUCACCUUUCCUCAACCCCAUAGAGGAGUUCUUUUCUACAUGGAGGUGGAAAGUCUAUGACCAUCAGCCACAUGACCAAUUGUCCCUCCUUGAAGCCAUGGAUGCUGGCUGCAGGGACAUCACAGUUGAUGAUUGUCAAGGGUGGAUCAGGCAUUCCAAGCGGUUUUAUCCAAGGUGUAUCGCCUUGGAUAACAUCAGAUGCGAUGUGGAUGAAAACUUGUGGCCUAACCCUGAAGAUCGCAGGGAUUAGAUAAAGGAAUUUUGUGCUUUUUUUUAGUUCUCCCUUUUUACUGGGCUUUUUGCUGUUGCUUUUUUGUUCAUGGAUAUUUUGUUAACUUUACAGUAAACAAUACUGUAAAACGUUUUCUGUUGUAUCAUACUGUAAACAGUAUUUCUACUAUACCUCCUGUAGUAAACAGUAAAGAAAAAAAAACUGAUUAGCUUUU